AUGGGGUUGAGUUCUAGAGUUUUUGUCUUGUUUCUUUUGGUUUUCCUGAUGUGGGUUCACGUGGAUUUAGCAGAAGGUGGUAAUGGCUAUGGCAAUGGAGGUGUUAGGAAUUUCAUUAGUUGGGAAGAUUUGCAGGUGGAUGAGCAAAGUUUGGCCUUGAAGUCCAAUAACGAGGUUCGAGUUAUCAUGGUUGACCAACAUGGUAGGGGACAUUCCAAAACUGUUCAAGGAGCCGUGGAUAUGGUUCCAAAUCAGAACAAACAAAGGGUAAAAAUAUACAUAUAUCCAGGAAUUUACAGAGAAAAAGUGUUUGUGCCAAAUACCAAGCCUUAUAUAUCAUUUAUAGGCAAAAGAAAUCAAACAGCAAGUGCUGUAAUUACUUGGAACAGUAAGUCAUCUGACAGAGGUCCAAAUGGCCAAGAAUUGGGCACCUAUGGUUCAGCAACUGUAGCAGUAGACUCAGAUUAUUUCUGUGCAACUCGUGUCACUUUUGAGAACUCAGUAGUUGCAGCACCUGGUGGAAAUGGAAUGCAAGCAGUGGCACUGAGGGUAAACAGUAAUAGAGCCAUGUUCUAUCGAGUUAGGAUUAAGGGAACACAGGACACUCUCUUGGACAACACAGGAACACAUUACUUUUAUAAAUGUCACAUACAAGGAAAAGUUGAUUUUAUCUUUGGCAGUGCAAAAUCACUCUAUGAGAAGUGUCGUCUUCAGUCAAUAGCUGAGAAUUAUGGAGCAAUUGCAGCACAUCACAGGGAUUCACCACAUCAAGACACAGGAUUUUCUUUUGUAGGAUGCAGUAUUCGAGGAACUGGAAGUGUGUACCUAGGAAGAGCAUGGGGUGACUACUCAAGAAUAAUAUACUCUAAUUGUAACAUGGAUGAUAUUAUUAAUCCUGAAGGAUGGACAGAAUGGAAUCAUCCAGAAAGAAAAAAGACUGCAGUGUUUGGUGAGUAUCAGUGCAAGGGAAGAGGAGCAGAUAGAAGACGUAGGGUGCCAUGGUCAAAGUCAUUCAGUUAUGUGGAAGCAAGACCUUUCCUUGAUAGGAGGUUCAUAAAUGGAGAACAAUGGCUCAGACUGUAG